UUUAAAAAGAAAAAGUAUCGAAUGUGCGAUCACUGAACGUCUGAUCAAAUUGAGCUGUUUCCAGGUUCUUGUUUUGAUGGAAAAUGUGUUAGCAUUCAUCACAUAAAGUACUACUGUGGACAAAGUAUUGUAAUAAAAUCAGGAGAAACGUUUCCUUCUCCACAGCAUGGCCAUCUCCAUAGCCGUUCUGGACUGUGACCUCCUCCUCCAUGGUCGAGGCCACAAAACGCUGGACCGCUUUGACCUGGAUUCAGUCUCGGACGACUUCCUCCUCACCCAUUUUAGCUUCCCGAGAGACUUCAUCCUGUACCUGGUGGAACUGCUCCGAGAGUCUCUCGGCAGACGAACGCAGAGGUCCAGAGCCAUCAGUCCGGAGGUGCAGGUCUUAGCCGCUCUGGGCUUCUACACAUCCGGGUCAUUCCAGACCUCCAUGGGGGACAUCAUAGGGAUCAGCCAGGCGUCCAUGUCCAGAUGUGUUUCCAACGUGACCAAAGCCUUGGUGGAGAAAGCUCCUCAGUUCAUCACCUUCGACAGGGAGCCGUCCAGUCGAGAACAGUCCUUCCAGGAGUUCCAGAGGGUUGCAGGGAUUCCCGGUGUUCUCGGGGUGCUGGACUGCGUUCAGGUGGCCAUCAAAGCUCCAAACAGCGAGGACUCCUCGUACGUCAACAAGAAGGGCUUUCACUCGGUGGCCUGUCAGCUGGUUUGCGACGCCCGCGGCUUGCUGCUGAGCGCAGAGACGCACUGGCCCGGCGGACUCCAGGACACGGAGGUUCUGGAGAGAUCCGCUCUCUACGAGCAGCUGCAGAGCAACGACGAGGGCUGGCUGCUGGGUGACGGCCGCUACCCUCUGAGGAAAUGGUUAAUGACUCCAGUUGAGGCGCCGGCGUCCCCCGCAGAGUUUCGCUAUAACCUCGCCCACACAGCCACCCACGAGAUCGUGGACAGAACCUUCAGAGCCAUCCAGACUCGAUUCAGAUGUUUGGAUGGCACCAAAGGAUAUCUGCAGUACUCCCCGGAGAGGAGCUCGUCCAUCCUGCUGGCGUGCUGCGUUCUCCACAACGUGUCGCUGCAGUCCGGGCUGGACGCCUGGACUCUGGAGAGGACGGAGCCUCUGGAGGAGCACCGGAACCUGAAGCAGAGACCGGAGGACGACGAGGCGGAGGAGCUCCGGAAGCAGCUCAUCCUCAAACACUUCAGCUGAGCCCAACAAAAGAGCCGGACACUGGCUUGCUGAUGCAGUUUUUUAAUAUUUUGCUUGUUUCUACUCUACUGGCUAUACUAAGAUAAAAUACUGGAAUAUGGAGGAACAUGCAAUACACUAUACAACAAGACGACGACACCAAACGGCAGAGCUCCGAGGGAGGAGCUUCACUAUCCCCUCAGGAAUAAUCAAACUCCUCCAGACUCUGUUGCUGUUAGUCCAGCUUCUCAAACAGUCCACAGGUGAAAAUCUUGAUGUCACAAUACAAAAACAAGGCCCGUAUAUACAAGAACUCCACGUCAGCAUUUAUGUACACAGGUGAGUAAAUCCUGCAGUCAGGAGGAUCAUGGUUGAUAGAACAAAAGGGAUCCAAACAGAAAACCAACUCUACGAGUUUGGGUUUUAUUUUGAAAGAGUAUCAGAAAUUCUAUUUCCUUUUUGGUCCUGGAGGAGUCUUUUGGUCGGACUAGUGGUCAAAUGCAGGGGUCCCCAAA